AUGCCCAGUGACCCUCCAUUUAACACCCGAAGAGCCUACACGAGUGAGGAUGAGGCCUGGAAGUCGUAUUUGGAGAACCCCCUGACGGCGGCCACCAAGGCAAUGAUGAGCAUCAACGGCGACGAGGACAGCGCGGCCGCGCUGGGCCUUCUGUACGACUACUACAAGGUUCCUCGAGACAAGAGGCUACUGUCUGUAAGCAAAGCAAGCGAGAGCCAAGAAGACCAGGAUAAGAGAAACUGUCUUGGCACAAGUGAAGCCCAGAGUAAUUUGAGUGGAGGAGAAAAUCGAGUGCAGGUCCUGAAGACUGUUCCAGUGAACCUUUCCCUAAAUCAAGACCACCUGGAGAAUUCCAAGCGGGAGCAGUACAGCACGAACGUCCCCGAGAGCCCAGCCAUCAUCCCCGUGUCAGGAAUCACAGUGGUGAAGGCUGAAGAUUUCACACCGGUUUUCAUGACCCCAACGGUGCACUAUCCCCGGGGAGAAGGGGAGGAGCAACGCGUGGUUAUCUUUGAACAGAGUCAGUACGGCGUGCCGUCCAUGGCCGGCCAUAGCACCUACCUCAAGGACGACCAGCGGAGCACCCCGGACAGCACUUACAGCGAGGGCUUCAAAGAUGGAAACACGGAGAAAUUCCGGAGUGCUUCGGUCGGGGCUGAGGAGUACAUGUACGAUCAGACAUCAAGUGGCACGUUUCAGUACACCCUGGAAGCCACCAAAUCUCUCCGUCAGAAGCAAGGGGAAGGCCCGAUGACCUACCUCAACAAGGGACAGUUCUAUGCCAUCACGCUCAGUGAGACGGGGGACAAUAAGUGCUUCCGACACCCCAUCAGCAAAGUCAGGAGCGUGGUGAUGGUGGUCUUCAGUGAAGACAAAAACCGGGAUGAGCAGCUGAAAUACUGGAAGUACUGGCACUCUCGGCAGCACACUGCAAAGCAGAGGGUCCUCGACAUUGCUGAUUACAAGGAGAGCUUUAAUACGAUUGGCAACAUUGAAGAGAUUGCCUAUAAUGCUGUUUCCUUCACCUGGGACGUGAAUGAAGAAGCAAAAAUUUUCAUCACCGUGAAUUGCCUGAGUACAGAUUUCUCCUCCCAAAAAGGAGUGAAAGGACUUCCUUUGAUGAUUCAAAUUGAUACAUACAGUUAUAAUAAUCGUAGCAAUAAACCCAUUCAUAGAGCUUAUUGCCAGAUCAAGGUCUUCUGCGACAAAGGAGCAGAAAGAAAAAUCCGAGAUGAAGAGAGGAAGCAGAACAGGAAGAAGGGGAAAGGCCAGGCCUCCCAAACCCAGUGCAACAACUCCUCUGAUGGGAAGUUGGCAGCAAUACCGUUACAGAAGAAGAGCGACAUCACCUACUUCAAGAUGAUGCCUGAUCUGCACUCCCAGCCCGUCCUCUUCAUACCUGAUGUUCACUUUACAAACCUGCAGAGGACAGGACAGGUGUAUUACAACACGGAUGAUGAACGAGAAGGCAGCAGUGUCCUUGUGAAACGGAUGUUCAGGCCCAUGGAAGAGGAGUUUGGUCCAGCACCCUCUAAGCAGAUGAAAGAAGAAGGGAUGAAGCGAGUGCUUCUGUACGUGAGGAAGGAGACGGACGACGUGUUUGACGCCUUGAUGUUGAAAUCCCCCACCGUGAAGGGCCUGAUGGAAGCGAUCUCUGAGAAAUAUGGGCUGCCCGUGGAGAAGAUAGCAAAGCUUUACAAGAAAAGCAAAAAAGGCAUCCUGGUGAAUAUGGAUGACAACAUCAUUGAGCACUACUCGAAUGAGGACACCUUCAUCCUCAACAUGGAGAGCAUGGUGGAAGGCUUCAAGAUCACACUCAUGGAAAUCUGA